AUGAUUGUUUUUCUGAUAACAGGCAUUAUUGCAGUAGUUAACUGUCUGGAACCAUUGGCGGACAACAACAUAGAUGAAGAAACAAAAACUAUAUUAGACAAAUACGUUAAAUUAAUACCAGACAUCAAAUCACGUUACGUUAUCGAUGAUUCAUUAAGUAAAAUAAUAGAUUACUAUUUUAAAGGGAAAAUUAACACGCUACCUUUAUACAAAAUAAGUUUGACUAUAGACAGGAACCCAGUAAAGAUCCCAUGGUCUGCCGACCAAGCAGGAGAAGUUCAUAACGAGAAUGAAAUACAAAAAGCUCUAAAUGAACAGUUAGAUAAAAAAACGAAAGGAAAGCAUUACAAAGUGAAGAUGAUAUCAAAACUGUCCAUGAGGAAUAAGAAAAGUACAACCGAAAAGCCAUUGGCGACGGUAGCGCCAUCUACACUGUUAACCACGUCAUCUGGCACUGUUACGUCCGGCGAAACAGAAUAA